AUGAACUUCUGUAUAUCCCCUCAGCUGGUGGGUUUAGGAGUGUUUGCAGUUGGGGUGUGGGCAUUGACUGAGAAGGAUACAUUCAGCAAGCUGGGAGAGCUGACUCAACUUUAUCUGGACCCUGCUUUCAUUUUCAUCAUUGUUGGCCUGAUCACAUUCAUCAUUGGAUUCACAGGAUGUGUGGGAGCACUCAGGGAGAACACCUGCCUCCUUGCUACUUAUGCUGUGUUCCUCUCUAUCUUGUUGCUGCUUGAGAUGACACUUGGAAUCCUUGGCUUCAUGUUUAAAGAUUGGAUCAAGGAACAGGCUACAGGUGGCUUCAAGAGUUUCAUUGUGCACUAUCGAGAUGAUCCUGAUCGACAGAAUAUGAUAGACUGGAUUCAAGAGAAUUGGCUGCAAUGCUGUGGGAUUGAGGGACCAAAUGACUGGGACAACAACAUCUACUUUAACUGCUCAUCUGCUGCUGUAGGAAGUAGGGAAGCAUGUGGAGUUCCUUUCUCCUGCUGUAGACCCAAGGAUGAGGACAUCAUCAAGAAUAGGCAGUGUGGCUAUGAUGUGCGGAAAUUGGAUUAUCCAGGGGAUCGGGGUGAGAUCAUUUAUGAGCGGGGAUGCCUGCAAGCAGGCCAGGAAUGGAUUGAGGCCAACUUGAUCCCCGUGUGUGGUGUGGCUGUGGUUGUUGCUGUCCUUCAGCCGUUCGAGGUGUCCAAGGUGAUCUACGAUAAGGGCUGCCUCCUCUCAGGGGAAGAGUGGCUGGAACGCAACCUCCUCCUGGUUGCAGGUGUUGCUGUUGCCAUUGCCUUCCUUCAGAUCCUGGGGAUAUGCUUUGCUCAAAACCUUCGAGCAGACAUUUUUGCUCAGAAAGCCAAGUGGAAUUGACAACGACUCCACGUCUAAGCUCCAUCUUCCCAUUGUCUCUGUCGUGAGCUUAGGCGUGUGCAUUGUCAUCAUUUAAAUUUCCACUUAAGGCAGCUCCUUCUCAUCCUCCAUUUUUCAUUUUUGGAAGAAUCUCUGAAAGCUAUGAACAUUCCAAAGUGGGAAUCAAGGUGAUGAAUGUAAAGGUUUCAUGAUCUUCUCUGCUAGAACUGGACUUGUAAUGCGAACUUCUUGAUCUGAGUUGGAUUCUGCCAUGCAGACCAUGCUUUGAUGUUAAAUUUUAUUUCUUUUUGAGGGUUGUAUGGAAUAGUGCCUGUAUCCGGUCCUCACCAAGCAUUUUCAUGCUCCAUAUUUAUGUGUGGAUGUGUGCAAUUAACUGUGAUCAACUUGUACUCAUUUUUUUGUUUCAAAGAGUCUUACAUGAAUGAAGAAGUGUUUGAGUGAGAGCCUUGAAUUUCCAAGACAGCCAGGGAUUAGCAUUCCUUGAAGAACCAAGCUUACACCAAAGUUAUGAAUGCAGGUUAUUUGAGAUUAACUUUUUUUAAAGUUGUCAUUCAUUUCUCUUGUCCAUCUCCAUGUCAGUGUCAGCUCCAUCAAGGAGUGAAAUCACGACUUUGAUACUCCUUUAUAUUGCUAUCCUGAAUAAAAUGUCCUUUUAAUAGA